CCUCCAACCUUAACACAUAAAGGCGAGGGUGCACACUGAGGUGAGUUUCAGUGCACUUGCCAUCAGAUCAAAGAGAAGAGAAGACAGACGAAAUGUCCGUGAUGAAAGACUUUAGUGUUUUCAUCCCGUGUGUGUUCCUCCUCAUCGUCCAGUCCAGCCAUGGUUCUGAGAUUAUUGGAGGAAAAGAAGUGGAACCACACUCGUUACCUUUCAUGGCUCUGCUGGAGUCCACGAAACCAAACUGUGGAGGGACACUCAUCGAUCCGAAAUGGGUCCUGACCGCUGCCCACUGUAAUAAAACUAAGAAAGUGGUGCUGGGGGUGCACUCCAUCAGCGCACAGGAAAAGAACUCCCGGCAGGUCCUAAAAGUAAAGAAAAUGUAUCCUCAUCCCUGCUAUGAUGAGAAAGAACACGUCAAUGACCUCAUGUUGCUCAAGCUUGAUAAACCAGCGAAGCAAACCAAGACAGUGAAAUGUAUCAAGUUGGGCAAUCCCAUCAAAGAGCCUAUGUCUGGGAGCAAAUGUCUGGUGGCCGGAUGGGGAACAACAAAGAACAACGUCAAGACAAUGUCUGAUGUCUUGAUGUCCGUCAACGUGACUGUGAUCGACAGAGUGAAGUGCAACUCUCCCGACUACUACAACUACAAGCCUGUCAUCACCAAUAGCAUGAUAUGUGCUGGUUCAGAUGGUAAAAACAAUGCAGAUACUUGUCAGGGCGACUCAGGAGGGCCGCUGUUGUGUAAUGGAGCGCUGGUUGGAGUCACUUCUUUUGGAACGAAGUGUGGCUUGAUCAAAAAACCAGGAGUUUACGCAUAUCUCACAGAAAAGCAACUCAAUUGGAUCAAGAAGACAAUGAAAAAGGCUGAGAUUGAGAACCACAAAUGGGACAGAUCACAUCAGUGCUGCAUCAGGACUUUAGUAGGGGCAUCCUUGAGUGCUAUGGGUUGAGAUGUGGCGGAUCAGACUUGUUCGAGAGCUUCCCACAGACACUUGACCAGUUUGGGAUAUGGAUAUGGAGUCAACACCUUGGACUAUUUUUCCUGUUUUUCAAAGUUUGUUGGCAAAACUGAAUUCGUUCAGUGGAAGAAGAUGAACAAGACGGACCCAUGUUUUCAACUGUGUCCCCCAUAUUAAUUCCAGUUUCUGCUACCUAAUGUUUACCUGACAUGGGACAUGCUCAGAUAGGAAGUAUUUAUUCCAGAGAAAUUAUCAGAUAAACUGUUAAUAUGGUAAUUAGGCGCUAGACGUUUCCUAUUGAUCAGAUCUAAGACUUACACAAUCUCUAUUAAACUGACUGAAUAUUACUUGCAACUGGGCCAGUCUCUUCGGAUUAAGGCAGUUGUAUGAGGCAUUUUUAUUUAGAUAUUGUUUACGAUAAUGAAUGUUAGUGUCCAUGUAAAUGUAACUGUUAAAUAACAUUGUUUUGGAAUGGAUCGUAUGUUUGUAGGCUUAUGUUAGCAAACCCCUGAUCUUCACCAGACAUUGAAGCUCAGGGGGUGAAGGUUAGGCCUCCUCCUGAACAUUUUAUUUUCCCUUCGUUCUCUCUUGUAAUCAGACACUUUUGGUUAUGUCAGAAUGAAAUAAGAAGGUAAUACUGCCCCUUUAGGUCAAUACAUGUCCUCAGAUCAUAGUGCAUAAAGCCAAAUAGAAAUGAAAGUCUGUUAUUGUUCAGCAAAUGUAUGACCUCUUCUUUCAAAAACGUCUAAUACUGUUGAUGGUAAAUCUGUCCUGUAUAACAGUAAACUGCAUGAGAAGAGAAGGUUCAACAUGAGUUUCUCCCCUGAUUUUAGUGGUGGCAACUUCAACAGUUUAACGGUUCUUCUGAUUUAUCUCAGGGUCUGUUUUCACAGCUGGUUUAAUUGCGCUCUCAGUAGCACUGCUUCUUCUGUCACAAGUUUGAGGCUUCAGGGUAAAUCCUGUGAAACUAUUUUGUGGUUGCGAUGUACAACCUCAAAACAUAACUACAAUAAAGGUAGAGAAACUAUGAAAAGUAUUACGUUUCCGUUUCCUUGAUACAUGUGAACUCUUUCAAGAUGCUUAAUUAUGUCAC